ACAUAAUAAUCUCAACGCAAAUACUCACAGCGACUAGUUUCUAAAGCAAAGCAAAGACCACUCUUUUCUUCUUCCCCAUUUCUGUCUCUCGCCCUCUCUCAAACAUGAACAACGCAGCUUUUGGUCAGUACACUCGUUUCAUUACGGCUCAUGUUCAACACUUGGCAGACGAUCUCGGUGCAGAAACGGCUGUGAUCUGCUACCGCCAGAAUGGGGUGCCUUUUACGUAUGGUCGACCAAGUUUUGUUGAGGUCAUGAACCGAUUUGUUAACCAUCAAGCUGAAGCUGAGGCUACAAUUGUCUCUCUCCACAGAGCUAUUGCUUUGGUCCAGCUUGAAGGUGUCAAUCAAGUGCAGAGGACUGUUCUACUCCACCGUUUGGAUGUCCUCAUCAAUGAAGCUAUUGAGAGGCUUACGACUGAUGAAGCUUGAGAGGUUUCUCUUUUUUUUUUUUUUUUUUUUUUUAAUAAAGUACCUAUUAUUAGUAAACUGC